GGACUAAGACCCAAAAGCCAAGCCACUCGUCUUCUUUAUAUACCAGUCUCUCUCUCUUUCCCUCCCCUCAUCGUCUUCUUCCUCUCUCUCUCUCUCUGUCUCUCUCUCUCUUCUCUGCAGACACAUGUUUCCUUCGAGCUGAUCUGGGGGGCCAACGAUGGUGGAUCUUCAAGUCGUGUGCUGCAUGUGCGGCGACGUCGGGUUCCCGGACAAGCUCUUCCGCUGCAGCAAGUGCCGCAACCGCUUCCAACACUCGUAUUGUAGUAGCUACUACGGCGAAGCGUCCGAGCCGAUCGUGCAGUGCGACUGGUGCCAAAGCGAGCAGAGAAGCACGAGAUCAAACGGAGGCUCGUCACGGAGGUCCGGGGCGGCGAACGUCAACGCGGGCGUCCCGAAGUCCGAGUACUCCGGCGACCGGAUAAUCAAGCAGCAUGACCGCGAGGACGGCACUGCCCCCGCCGCUGCUGACAAGGGGAAGAACCCCUCCCCGCGGACCGCCACCCGCAGGUACAAGCUUCUCAAGGAUGUCAUGUGCUAGUGGGAACUAUGAACUAGAUUUCUCAAACCUCCAGUGUAAAUUACCUAAGUUGCAUACACAUAUAGCAGUAUAUUCUAUAGAAGGCCUCAACAUAAGUGCUCUCUCUAAUUGUCUUUUGUGGUGUUCUCUCUUUGUUUUUGGUGAGACCACUGUUUGAUCUACUGUGGUUUCCCAUGAUGUUGUCUCCUUAAAAAACAAUGUAAAUCCAGAAGAACCCAAGUGAACUGCACGAGUUUUCGCAUCUUUUUAUCGAGUUAUUCUUUCGUCUC